UCAAGGGACCGAGUAAAAAGGGGGAGAUUGGGCAGGCUGGGACUUUAUUCCUUGGAGGGUAGGAGACUGAGGGGUGAUCUUUCAGAGGUGCAUCAAAUCAUGAGGAGCAUAGAACAGUUGAAGGCACACAUCCUUUUACCCGGGGUUGUGGAAUCAAGAGUAGAUUUAAAGUCCGCGGGGAAAGAUUUAAUAAGAGCCUGAGGGGCCGCAUUUCCACACCAGAGUGAUACUGUGUGGAACGAGCGGAAGUGGUUGACACAAGUACAUUUUGAAAGUCAUUUGGACAGGGAUCGGAAAGAUGCAGUUUUACAGGAACCUCGUGUUCGCGAUAGGCGCGACAAUCUUGCUUUUCGGCCCUGCUUCAACGAAGAUGAAAUUUGAGGAUGUGAAGAAUGGUGUCAAGAUGGACUGUGAUCAACCGAUCAAGUUUGGUAAUGAAUAUAGUGACAGCAACACUUUGGUGGCUACUGAUCAAUCCAAGAUGGAAUACACAUGUGGGAGCGAUGACACCUUUGUCUAUGUCAACAUGGGGAAGACUUUUGUGUCUCUGGAUAUUGCAGGGUUAAGUGGUUUCAUCUUUGCAAGUGUUGCCUCCACCAUCUUCAUCGCCAUCGCUGUUUAUUCUCUAACAGUCCAGAACAAACCCCGAACUUACCAAACCUCUGACAGACAUCCCCUGGUGCACAAUGACGGCAAUGAAGCGGUGUAUUCGCAUCUCAACAAUGAUGGAAAAGCCACGUACAGCCAGCUCGCCAAAAAGCGAUUCCAGUGAAUGAUGGGGCUACUUCUCAAACAACAUUUGUUGAAACAUUUUGUGAUCCCAGAAAACAAAGAGAUCGACCUUGUUUGUCAAUGACCUACAGAAGAUCAGGACUUUAGUGUUUAUGUUGCUUUGGAGAACCGUAACUUUAAAUUAGAAAGAGCCAUGGAUUAUUCUUAAAUAGACGUAUCUUCAUUCCUUUAGUUCUUUUUAGGCCCUUCUUCCAUGUUUAAUCCAUAUUUGACCUGCUGUCAAAGUGUAACUUGAUUCCUUUGGAGUAUUGUUAACCCUACUCUCAGCAAUUGCAGGUUGCUUUGGGCACCUUCUUUGUAGCCUUUGUCCUGGUGUAUACUGAUGUGGGAGGUUAAAUAACUGAGUGAGAAUACUGACUUCAUGGAAUUUCUUUUGGAGAAUUUAUUUUGGAGAACAGGGAUGGGCAACAUUUUGGGUCGGGAACUACCAAGUUGCCUCUAAAUGUUCUCCAGAGAUCCAUGUUCGCCCGACCCACUGAGUUACUCCAGGGUUUUGAGUCUUUUUGAUUGAAAACCAACAUCUGCAGUUCCUUGUGUCUAUGGAAUUUCCCCUGGUUAUGAUCCAAAAUAAACAGAUUUGUUCCCAUG